ACAGAUGGGUUUUUGUACAAUGGUUGAUGUGUACAUCUACCUAAAAAAGCUUGCCUUGUGUGUGUGAAAUGUACCAACUACCUCUCUGAGAUUACUCAAAUCAAAGGAUUACUAUUACAUUAAAAUGGAGUGACAAUGUCUUUAGCACCAACCAGUGGAAAAGCGUUGGUACUUUCCUUAGCUUGACGUCACACACUUCAAACACAUCCUACAAGGAAAAGGAAAGACAACACCUCUCGUCACACCGGAAAAUAAUGGAAACCACACCAAACAACCACUCCGGUGAAGUCCCUAAAAGUAUGGAGGACUGUGCGAUUUGCUUGGACACAGUUAAUGAGAGGAAAACGUUAGAGUGCUCUCACUCUUUUUGCUCUGCUUGUAUCGACUCAGUUUUUAAGUUGAAGCCUGCUUGUCCGAUAUGCAAUACCUACUACGGAGAGUACACUGGGACCCAGCCGGAGGGCACGAUGACGGAGAUGCGAAGCCGGCUGUGCCUGCCCGGCUUUGAGCACUGCGGAUCUAUCGUCAUACAGUACAGUUUCCCAGCAGGGAUACAAGGGCCCGAACACCCAAACCCUGGGACAAGGUACAGCAGCACGUCUCGUACGGCCUUCCUGCCAGACAGCGAGGAGGGUCAGAAAAUCCUGAAGCUGCUAAGGAAAGCGUUUGACAGGAGACUCGUCUUCACCGUUGGUCGGUCCGUCACCACAGGCCUCAACAACGUCAUCACCUGGAAUGACAUUCAUCAUAAGACAAACAUAAAAGGGGGUCCACAGUGUUUUGGAUAUCCAGAUCCAGAUUAUUUGUUGAGAGUUCAAGAGGAGCUUCGUCUUAAAGGAGUCACACUGGAUGACUGAUGGAUAAAGACAAUGAGAAGACAUCAGUUAACUAAAUUUGACUUUUUGUAUUAUUACAAAGGCUCUGAUUUCCAGUCGGAAGCUUUUGCAGAACUCCACGAGGGAUCGAGAUUAAUGCUGCUUACGUUUUUACUGAAUGAAGUCGAUACAUGAAACUAUAAUCUUGAGACAUGAAGGUUAGUGGCUUUUCCAGAGAGUUAUCGACUGUCUAUGCAAAGAAACUCUUUAAAACACAACCUGGACAGAAUGUGAUCCAACAAAACAAAGAUUACAGUUAAGUGAAAGGGGGUUAUACCAAUCAUCAGUUUUUGUUAAUCCAAAUAUUUUGAGAAACCUGGAUCCCAUAUCUGGACAAUGGACAUAGGACACAGAUUAUGGGGUAAAAGCACUCGGAAAUGAAUAGGUAAAGCUUGCAAGAGAAAUAAGAUGUAUGUGAUAUUGUCAUAGUUUAUUAUGUUAAAAGGAUGAUGUGAUAUUCACUGAUGCCGUGGCUGAACAUAGUCCCCAAGAAAUGCACUAUUUACUAGCUGUUUGAGGACAUAAUUUAGCAGACCAAAACACAUUUCCCCUAUUUUUGGCACGGUUUAAAAAAUGUCUUGCCAGGAAAGUCAGAAAGUAUUAAUGGAUAGACUUACGGCUUGUUGCUUUUGGCGGGGUAUUUUGGCCUUAUUUAAAUAUGCUUUUAGAUUAUCACCAGUCUUAUCCUAUAGCACCUCUAAUACCAUAAUAACUAAUUUGUGCCUUCAUACUACAUUAGUCAAUGUACUAGUGUCAAACCAGAGUAAAUGGAGUCCAAUCAUGUCUUAAGUUUAAAAACAUGUCAUUUUUACUCCGUGAAUUCCUGCCUUUUGCCAGUCGAUACACUAGAGGGCGAUGCUCUCCUUUAGAAAGAAAGUCUUUGAAGCGUCUGCUUGGUAUGCAGCUGUAUCAUCAUCACAAACCCUCAGCCCUGCAGCACCUCCCAAACCUCAUCGCCCCAAGUCAGUGAUAUAGCAGAGCAUCUGCUAUAGAUGAUGAGUCAUGUGUUUCUACGGUGCCCAGGGCAGUUUUAGCAGCAGUGUAUUCAGAGUGUUUGUAUGACGGAGCGAACAGCUAUCACCUUGUUUGACCACAUUGAACUGAUCUUCUCCUCAUUUUUGUUGGGAUGUAAAUAUGGUUAAGGCUGAGUUGUGUUAGUUACUUUGACAGACAAACACACAUUCAAUUGAGGAAGUCAUGGUGAUGACAAAAAUAAUAACGCUCUUCUAUUGUUGAUUGAAGUGUUAAAUGUGUAGCAAGUGCCCUACCUAUCACUAGCAUAACACACCUGAAAACAUUUAUUAAAUUAUUCAUGCAGAAAAACUGGAUGCACAAGCCCUGCCUUUGCUCGGCUCAGCAUGCAUUAAACCAAGUUACAACUGAAUCUGAAACAUUUCCAGCUGAUCAUCUUAGUGGCAUGGGCAUGGAGUUAUGGGAUGAGGAAAUAGCUUUAACCCAUAUUUCAAUAUCAGAAAGAGUGCACAUGUGACAGGCUUACAGUAAGUGGGCUCUGGUGUAUAGCGGCUGGGGGCGUUUCUGUGGCCUCGGAUCUAAGGGCAUCUGCUGCCCUAACAAAGCAGACCAGAACCCAUCUGGUCAAAUGUACAACCCCCCCUCGCCUUUUCUCCCACAAUUCAUCAGUCAUCCAUUUAUAGCCAGCAUCACUUUUCAUCUCUUGUCCUCUGAUCAGUUUUUUAUUAACUUUAUGGGUUUUUUUAUCUGCCAAUUAUUUUUCCUUUUUGUUGUAUGCCUGUUACAACUGGAUACUGUUGUUUUCUGUUGUGUUUUAUAAUUUAUAUAUUCUAUGACUAUGUUUGAUAUCCUUUUAACUUGAGAAUGACUUACAGUGACAAUUUGAGCUUCCUAAAUAGUGGAGCAGAUCGUGACAUCUAAAGUAAAAUGGAGCAUUGAACGUACGGAACCAAAUAUACAGGGAAGCACUGUAGGAAAUGUAACCUACAUUUGAAUACAAGAUAUUCCAUGGAAGUAAAGCUUAAGAUGCAGCAGAAGACAUCAUACCAUCCGACUGUAUUUCUUUAGGUAUUAUUGUUCAUAGGCAAAUUAUAUGACUUAAACUGAAAUAAAAUGGCAUGGUAUCAAUA